GCUCCCCCAGUGCUCCCCUUCACCCCUCCUGCUGCACCCCCGUGUGCCCCUAAGCAUUGUCCUGCUUCCCCUGGCCACCCCCCUUUCCUUACCUGCACCCCUUUACACGAGCAUCGUGCCUUCCCUGCCUGCACUCCUCCACAUCCCCUGGACCCCCAACUACUGGCUAACCCUGACCACCGCGUGCCCCUGCCCCAUUCAUGCUUCUUCCCCCCAUAACCCCCUUUCCCACCUUGUUGCUCCCCUUUCCUCCCUGCUAUCCCCCUACACCCCACCUAGCCCUAACCCACGGCUUGCCCCACGCCUGGGCAUCACAGCUUGCCCUGGCACCACAUUUGGGGCAGGAACAUGUGCUUUUGGGAGGGGGUUGAAGGGUGGGGGGGGGGACAAGACCCCAUCCUGCCCCUGUAGAGAGGUGGGGCGGACUUCUCCCCUGGUGGCAGCAUCCCAGGACUCAAAUGGGGGGGGGGGUGGGUGUGGGGAGGACCUUUGCUCUGUACCACUUUGGUUUCCGUGACGACCGAGCUUGCCAGCGGACUUUGGAGGGGCCAGUGGGUGAUUAACCAUCUCCCUGCUCCUUCCCCCAGGGCUUCGCAGCCCAGGUCCCUGACAUGGCACCUGGGAAGCCUGGGAAGGGCACGGGGGCCUCAGAGGACCCCUCAGUUACGCUUUUCCGGGAGUACCUGAGAAUCGACACCGUCUACCCCAAACCUGACUAUGAUGCAGCUAUCCAGUUUCUGGAGCGUGUUGGCACCGACCUGGGCUUGGCCUGCCAGAAAGUGGAGGUGUGCCAGGGCCACGUGGUGCUGAUCCUGACCUGGCAGGGCACGAACCCCCGCCUGCGCUCCAUCCUCCUCAACUCCCACACCGACGUCGUGCCCGUCUUUGAGGAACACUGGACCUACCCACCCUUCGAGGCUGUUAAGGACUCACAAGGCAACAUCUAUGCUCGGGGUGCCCAGGACAUGAAAUGCAUCUCCAUCCAGUACCUCGAGGCCAUCCGGAGGCUGAAGGCAGAGGGAAAGUGUUUUGCCCGCACCAUUCACCUCACCUUUGUGCCUGAUGAGGAGAUGGGCGGACACAAAGGCAUGGAGAUGUUUGUGCAGCGGCCCGAGUUCAGAGCGCUCAACGUGGGCUUCGCCCUGGACGAGGGCCUGGCCAGCCCGUCUGACACCUACAGUGUCUUCUAUGGCGAGAAGAGCCCGUGGUGGAUAAAGGUGAAGUGUGUGGGCAGCCCUGGGCACGGGUCCCGCUUCAUCAGCAACACAGCAGCUGAGAAGAUGCACAAAGUCAUCAACUCCUUCCUGGCCUUCAGGGAGAGCGAGAAGCAGAGGCUCAAGUCCGACUCAAGCCUGACCCUAGGGGAUGUCACCUCGCUCAACCUGACCAUGCUGGAGGGGGGCGUCUCCUUCAACGUGGUGCCCUCCGAGAUGGCAGCAGGCUUCGAUGUCCGCAUCCCACCCACCGUGGACCUGAAGGCCUUCGAGGAGCAGGUGGCCGCAUGGUGCAAGGGUGCCGGGGAUGGCGUCACCUAUGAGUUUCUCCAGAAGUACAUGGACCAACAUGUCACCUCCACCGAGGAGUCAGACCCGUGGUGGAAGGCCUUCAGCGGGGUCUGCAGGGACAUGAAGCUGCAGCUCAAGCUCGAGAUCUUCCCAGCUGCCACUGACAGCCGCUACAUCCGAGCGGUGAGUGCGAUGCCAGCCCACCCGUGGGUCCUCCACCCGGGGUGAGACCUGCAGCCUCAAGCAGGAGCCAGCACCCCAGUGCUGCUCCAUGACCACAAUGAGUUCCUCAACGAGCAAGUCUUCUUGCGGGGCAUCGACAUCUACGCCCACCUCCUGCCUGCCCUGGCAUCUGUGCCCCCGCUGCCCGCCGAGGGCUGAGCACCCUGGUGAGGAGCAGGACGGGGGGCUGCCGAGCAGUGAGAUGCAAGGCUUUUAAAAGGAGGCUGGGAGUGGGCACCGUAAAUGCCUGCCAGCAUGCUGGGGAUCCAGCUGGCAUCACGCCAUGCUGUGCUCAGGGCUGGCCUGAUGGUGACGCCUGUGCCAAGUGCCCUGGCUGUGCCCUCAAAAUCUGGGUCCCAACCACCCCCGUGGGGGUUGUGUCCCCCUUGCCCAGGUGCUGCCUGCCUUUCCCGAUGUUGGCCACCU